GACAGCAGCUGCAGCUCCCGUUACUGUGGUGAUCACUGUGUAAGGAAGGUCCAUCACCGGCAGCCGCUGGAAACCGCGUGGCUGCACACUAACGCUGCCAGGACCAGGAGCUUUCCCCACGGACACCGUGAUCCACCCCCCUGGUGUAGCGGGGAGCCCAGCUAGACGGUUUUGUGCACGGAUGCUGAGGAUUAAGCCAUGGGCAACGCUCAUAAAUCACCAGCGACUGAGACCGAGGCCGUGGUUCCAGAAACCCAGCAGGGAGACAGCAAUGACAUCGUGGUCACCCUCUAUGACUAUCCUCUGCCAUCCAUCAGUCAACCCGUCUACAGGAUGGGCCAGAAGCUGCGGAUCGUGGCUGAGGAAGGAGAUUGGUGGCGAGUGCGGUCGCUGACCGCUGGUCCUGAGAGCAGCAUCCCGCGAGCCUGCGUUGCCCGAGUCUAUCAUGGCUGGCUCUUUGAAGGGAUCGGAAGAAGGAAGGCAGAGGAGUUAUUGCAGCUGCCUGAUAACAGAACGGGUUCCUUCUUGAUAAGGCAGAGUGAAAGCCAGAAAGGAACGUAUUGCCUAUCCGUCAAGCACUCCAGUGAUGCCCGCAACAAGUUUGUCAAGCACUAUCGGAUCUUCCGCUUGCCCAACCGCUGGUAUUACAUCCAGCAACGUCUGACCUUCCAGUGCUUGGAGGACAUGGUCAACCACUACUCAGAGGUUGCUGAUGGACUGUGCUGUCUACUGACCCACCCCUGCCUGGCUCAGCUCAGCACGGAAUGUCCCCACCAGCCCGUGGUCCUGAGGAACAGUAACUUCAACUGGAGAAAUGUCAACAGGGCGGAGCUGAUGGGUGACAUCUCAUCGCGCAGGGACGACCCCGUUCUCAGCUACGGCCUGAGGCACAGUGUUGCUUCCUACAUGAGCCUGGUACAGAUGGAUGACCACGCGGUGAAGAGCAGCAGCAAGAGGAGGUGGCACCAAAACCUCAGACCCAGUGGUCAGGCCCGCCACAGCUGCCUCCUCCCCUCACCCACACAUCUCCUCUACGAGGAUGACUUUGAGUGAUGGCACCCCUAAUGGCUGGACACCGGUGGGACCCACGAUGAUGACUUUGAGUGACGUGCGCCCCUCAUAAUGGACACCAUGACGAUAAACUCUAAUGUGGAGCACCCCUUAUUGGAGAACACCCAUUGUAUGGAUGAAUUUGAGUGGAGUGCCCCUUAUAAUGGACACCAUGAUGAUGACUUUGAAUAACGUGCACCCCUUAUAAUGGACAUGGCUUCUAUUGAGGAGCACCCCUUAUGGCCGGUCACCAUAAGGAUGACCGCUCGGUGGCACCUCCAAGGGUGGGACACCAUGAGGAUGGCUUCUAUCGAGGGGCACCCUGUAUAAUCAUGACUUUGAGUGAGCUCCCGUGUGAUGGAACACCAACACGAGCUUGUCGUUGAAUAAUGAGCCUCUUCUGAUGGAACAAGGAUUACUUCAAAUAAUGAGUUCCCUUUACAGUGGAAACCAUGGGGAUGACUUUGAGCGAACCCCCCCCCCCUUGAUGGACAUCCAUUAUGGGGGCGUCAUUGAAUGAUGAGCCCCUUAUGAUGUGCUUCAGGAUGUGAACUUCAUGACUUCAAAUGAUGUGCUGCCCUUAUGAUGGAUCGCCCAUUGGAAAGAUGACCGAGUGGAGGCUCCCUUUACAGUGGAACACCAGAUGGUGAUGUCACUGAAUGAUGAGCUCCCCUCACCUGUUGUGAACAACCUACACCUGAACGUUACCUGUCGUGUCGGGGGUGCCAUGCUGGGGACCAGGUGGGAUGGCUGCUCUCCACGUCCCUUCACUGGCCUUUAGCAGAGUUUAUCUUCAGAGUUGAUCUUGGUGGACACUGUCCGCUCAUCACACCAAGAAUUCAGCGUUGUACGCUGAUUAUUUACGUUACACAACAGCACAGGUGACUCUGAGGAGCGGGAAACGCCGGAUAAUUCAGUGGAAGUUUGGACAAUCUUAUGCCUUCCCUGAUUAGAGAUGGUAAAUAUUGAGAGCUGCCCUGUGGUCACAGAGAAGAUGAUGUUCCUGCCCUGUGAUGGUGUAUUUCCCAUGGCCAGGUGUGGUCUCU